AUGUCUGUUUCGUUUUUACUCGGAUGGCAAUUAUUUAUUCUUUCCUUCCAACAAUUUCUACUUACCGAAUAUAUAUAUAUAUAUAUAUUUCACGUAUUAUUGUGUAUUUACAUUUGGCAUAAGGAAGAAUCCACAAAGAAAAAAAAAAGGAGAGAAAGAGAAAGAAAGAGAGAGAGAAAGAGAAAAGAAAAAAAAAGAAGCAAAGGAGGUAUGACGCAAUCGCAAUCGCAAGGACAUCCACGGGUUGGGCCUGCGCCCCUCUGUAUCGAUUACCCCACGCAACAGCCCCUUUGCCCAGAGUUUACGUAUACCACUGAUAUCAUCGCGUUAAUGGCGCCACCUCGCAUAGCCGCUAAGUUUUCACCAUGUUUUCGCAAAUACAGUUGGGACCCGUAUGCGGUGCUGCUCACAGAUCACGAUUUAGAACGUGUAAAGAAAUCAUACAGGCGUGCAACGGCACCUCCCGCCAUCGCCUCGUCACCAACGCGGCAACCCCCUCAGCAAAAUCCUGCUGAUAUGGAUAUCAAUGAUAGUCACCAUAAUCACAAUAUUGAUCAUUCGCCAUCACGGCUGCCACAGCUUUGCCAACAACAACAACAACAACAGGAACAGCAACAACAGGAACAGCAGGAGCAGGAGCAAAGCCUACAACAGCAACAUCAACAACUGAAACUACAGCAACAGCAACAGCAGGAGCAACAGCAACUAAAGCAGCAAAGCCUCCAACAACAACAACAACAACAACACCAACAGCAGCAGCAGCGACUGAAACGACAAUCAUUACAACAACAUCAACAUUAUCAUCAACAUCAUCAUCGUCGAUAUCACCCGUAUGCUCAACUGCAUCACGGCGGUGGCCAUCAGAGCCGCGGGGUGCAUCAUCCGUCAUGGCAUAACCGACAGCCGGUGACUUGGAGGGCAAUGGGACCCAAUCAAGAUUCUGAAUUCAAAUCUGCAGGAGGGCGUUCAGCUGCUCGAGGUUCCAGCGCCCGCUUCAGUCGCUAA